UGUACUUCGGUCAAAGGUACUACUCAAUGAAACGGCGGUUGGAUGGUGGAGUGUGUAGCAAUAUGGCUACGUGUCGAUUGUGUUAUUGCGUGUUCAAGAUAGAGUCAUAGAUGCUACUUCCGUAGUGGGACGGGUUUUGCGAUCGUUUAAUAAAACUGGCUUAUUGAUUGCAAUUAUGUCAACGACUAACAAAUGGGAUUUGUCCCAGGAGGACAUGAAAAGUGCAUCAAAAGAUGAAAAGUGUCAGGCUUGAAAUUCAAAAAGUCACAGAAGUGAUGCGGGAGAAUGUACAGAAAGUUAUGGAACGAGGAGAGAAGUUGGAGGAUCUACAAGAAGUUAGCAAUCGAUUGACUAUGGCCGGAGAUGAAUUUAGAGCAGCAGCAAAAAAAGCUCAACAAAGGGCAUGGCUGCAGAACUUUAAAACAAGAAUCAUUCUAGUCACUAUUACAGUGACUAUCGUCAUUUGUAUUAUUGUAUCCAUCAUCGUGAAAUAUUCAUAAUCGAGGCAGCCAGACUGAAACACUGCUGUUUGCAAGAGUAUGUUUAUAUUUGUACCUGUCUUUCAUGGAUUAUCUACGCAUUAUCAUAAGUUUAUAUAAAUAUAUAUGUUGUUAUUUUUCAUCAAUUCGCGUUUAUCAUAUCUUCCAAACCUUUGACGAGUUGAUGUUAGGAAAUAUCUCUUCGAAAUUCCGAUUACUUUGACAAAAAUUUAAUUUCAAUAUGACAUAACGCGUAUCUGAUUCUUUGUUCACGAUUUUUAUCUCGUUUAAGCCGUUGAAAAAUAUAAUAUAACUAUCACAAUUUAAUUAUUCAUUCUCAUUACUUUUUGUCCUAUUUUUCUUAAAAAAAAAUUCGAUAUGUUAUUAAUUAAUGAAUUUUAUAUUUCUUAAUUCUAUAUAUUACAAUUCUUAAUAAUUAUGCAUUCUUAAAUUAUUAAAUAAUCAAGAUCAAUUAGAAUUAUAAGAAGAAAGAAGCUCUUUCGCGUAUUAUUACAAAAUUUGCUCGCAUAAGCGAACGCAACUACGAUUACAGAACAUGAGCUCCCCACUAUCAAUAACGAACACUUGUAUAUACGUUUCGCGAGAGCUACACAUAUCGGUAGACAACCGCUCGUGUACAUUGUACGCGGUCGUUAAACGGACAUUCAGUCGUUGUUCGAUCGCGACAUCGAUCGCUUGCUCGCGUCGUCCGUAUUCAUUAUCGAACGUAAAUUCAAUUUUGCACAAAUUUUUUUUGCUCUUCUUGUUCUCUUUUAUUCUUUCUUACGCGAUCGAAACGUGCAUCGACAGAUCCAAGCGCGGUUUUCACAUUAGACAAUCAUGGGAAUAUACGAGAUAGUGAUUGCGGCUAUAUCCGUAUUUAUCGGCGCUUUUUUACUCACGGGAAAACGACGACGUUUCAUUUACUUACUCUACAAAACUUUGCCUAGAGACGUGCUGGGAGCAUAUAGGUUCGUUCGAGUGAACGUGUUACUAUGGUGGUGGGAAUGGCGGAAAUUUACCGUGGCGAAGUUAUUCACAAGGCACGCCACUGCUAAUCCCGACAAAAUUGCCUUCAUUUUCGAGGAUAAAGAAUGGAGUUAUCGGGAGUUGGAAGAAUACAGCAAUCGAUUAGGACGUUACUUCCAUGGGAAAUCUCUGUCUCGCGAAGAUACGAUUGGCCUGAUUUUGGAAAGUCGACCUGAAUACGUAGGAAUCUGGCUGGGCUUGAGUAAAGCUGGUUUAGUAGGUGCUCUUCUUAACACGAAUCUUCGUCAGGAUGUCUUGGUGCAUAGUAUCAAGGCUGCUAAUUGUAAAGCUGUCAUCUUUGGAUCAAGUUUUAAAGAUGCGAUUAAUGAAAUCAGAGAGAGAAUUCCGCGUGUGGCACUGUAUCAGUGGUCCGAAUUGCCCGAUACUUCAUGUUUAAAAGGAGCAAUCGAUCUCAACCCAGAAAUCAGCAACGUCGAUAUUAGCCCUUUGGAUACUGUGGCUUUUGGCGUUCCUAGAGACAAAUUGAUUUAUAUAUACACAUCUGGUACCACAGGAAUGCCGAAAGCUGCCGUUAUUACCAAUUUAAGAUAUAUGCUGAUGUCGUGUGGUGUAAAUUCUAUGUUGAACCUACGGCCAACCGAUCGCAUUUACAAUUCUUUGCCACUCUAUCACACUGCUGGGGGACUAAUUGGAGUAGGUCAAGCACUGCUGAGAGGAAUCACAGUCGUACUUCGCAGACGGUUCAGUGCUUCUAAGUUCUGGCCGGAUUGCGUCCAUUAUGAAUGCACUAUAGCACAAUACAUUGGUGAGAUAUGUCGGUAUCUGCUCACUGCGCCACCAGCUCCUUGUGACACUACACAUAAAGUUCGAUUAAUGUUUGGAAACGGUCUCAGACCUCAGAUUUGGAAGCCUUUCGUGGAGAGAUUUGGUGUGAAGCAAAUAGGUGAAUUUUACGGUGCCACUGAAGGAAAUUCAAAUCUUGUGAAUAUCGAUAACAAGAUUGGUGCAGUGGGAUUUGUACCACUUUGUGCUGGUUCCUUGUACCCUGUAGCUUUAUUGAGAGUUGAUGAAGAGACUGGCGAACCUAUGAGAGGACCAGACGGCCUGUGCAUCCAUUGCAAACCUGGUGAAUCAGGUGUCUUCGUAGGUAAAAUUAAUCCAAAGAGAGUGUUGAAUGAUUUUUCUGGAUAUGUAGAUAGAAAAGCAUCAGAACAAAAAAUUCUUCGCGAUGUUUUCCGAAAGGGAGACCGAGUUUUUAAUUCUGGUACCUGGAACCGAAGGAAAAGCUGGAAUGGCUGCUAUUUAUGAUCCAGAGAAUACUCUGAAUAUUAAAGAAAUGGCGGAUGGUUUGAAAAAAUCUUUGCCGUCAUAUGCCAGACCUCUUUUUGUUAGAGUCUUAUCAGAAUUACCAAUGACCGGUUACGGAUCCAAUUUAUUUCCUUGAUAACUCUGGUGUUUAUGUGAACCUAUCAGAACAGAUUUAUAACAAUAUUCUUGAGGGACAGAUUCGAUUGUGAGAAAUCCUUAAAAAAAUGAAAGUAUAAACAAUCUCGAUUUUGUAUAAUUUUUAUUUAUUGAUGAGAGAAAAAGUCUAUUAGACAGAUUUAUCUUUUGUCUACAUAAGUAUUUGCAGCCAUCCCGAACAUUCCAUUGCAAACUCGAACAACAUUAUAUUUAUACGUAUUUGUAUACUUAUUUUAUUCUACUUUUUUUUGUCGUCGAAAUUCAAUAAUUCAGAAUAGUAAAAUUUAAAAAACAAGAAAAAAAGUGAGAGAAACAAAUAGAUUUAGUUCAGAUAGAUAUAUAGUACAUUUAAAAGAAAAAUAUUUAUGACAAAACUUACAUCCUGCAAAUUACUCAAACUGUUAAUUUUAAUGGCCUAGGUAUAUUUGUAUUUGUUACAUAUCUUUAGAGAAUAAGAUUUUAAGUUAUUUUAUAAGAAGCUGGUGGAGGUAGUAAGCACAAAGUGAUAGCAACUUUAUGAAGUAAUGUGUGUAAAUGUGAAGCGUCGCGUCGUUUAAUAAAUUGUCCCCUUGUUGAGAAAAACCAAUUUCAGCUGAACUUUGUCCUCUGAAGGUGUCUUAUUUUACGCCCACCCGAUUGUGUCUAAUAGAAGCAGAAGUCAUUGGUGCGCAGUCUCGGCCGGAGUACAGUGACCCUCACCAUUAUUAGACCAACGUGUAAUAUCUAUCAGAUGUAAUAUUCUCUGCUAUUCACUAACUACAAUGGAAUUAAUGAUUCAAUAAAAAAAUAUAUUCUACAUUAGAAAUCGGUGAAAUAAUUUUGUUUAUUCAAAUUAUUUAAUUUCAGAAAAUAUUACUUCCUAAAAUUUCUUCAGAAUGAAAAUGUUUCUAUAAUAAUCCCAAUUAGUGGUAGUGACAUCAUAUCCUAACCUCUAUCUAUCGUUCAUAGAUAAGAACGGUUUACAAAUUUCGUUCCAAGAAAAUUUUGAGGACAGACUCGGAUUUGCCAUCAUGUUACAUAAUCGGCCAUUAUCAAAAUGAGAAAAUGGAAAAAUACUAGAGGAAAUAAAGACUGUUUCUACAGUGCUGUUAUCGAGUAUACUAUAUCAGAGAAUAUCUGAUAAAACAGUUGUUACAAACAUCAAGUGUCAACGAUUAUAUUAACAGGAAUCAGUCAUUAUUCAUUUAAUUAUUAAUCAUAUUGAUCGUUUCGAUCAUUAUUGAAUCAAAGAAAGAAGAAAAAAAAUUGAAAAUUAGUUUCCUGUCUCUGUCAUUUGUGGCAUUGUAGCAAAUACGCCCAAUUGCGACUUACUUUGUUUACUCUGUUAUGUAUACAUCGUUUAAAUCUGUUAGCUUGAAAUCUUAUCUAUGUACAAAUUUUAAUUUGCUUUUGAUCAUCUGACGAAAUAGUUUCUUUUGCUUUUGACCGAAAUUAUAACCGUACAAUUCUUCGAAUAUUUGUCGAGCAGACAGAAUGUGUAAAAUGGCCCACGAAAAAUUCGGGUUUGCUAUAGAUCGUGGCGGUACAUUUACUGAUGUUUACGCUAGAUGUCCAGGCGGUAAGAUUCGAGUGAUGAAACUGCUUUCUGUGGAUCCUUCUAAUUACGAAGACGCGCCACGGGAAGGAAUUCGCAGAAUUCUUGAACAGUUGAUAUCUGAUAUAGAGCAAUUUCAGGAAACUGGAAAAAAAAUCUAUGGGGAAAUAGAUACUUCGUUAAUAUCAUGGAUUCGAAUGGGUACAACAGUUGCCACAAACGCUCUUUUAGAAAGAAAGGGUGCAAAAAUGGCACUUUUGAUCAAUGAAGGAUUCAAAGAUCUACUCUUCAUUGGUAAUCAAGCACGACCAAAUAUAUUCGAUUUGCAAAUAGUGACUCCGGAAGUACUAUACAAAAGGGUAGUUGAAAUCAAAUGCAGAGUGAUACCUGCGUUAUCUGGGAAAUGUCAAAUGAAUAAUAAACAAUGGCGCAAAGUAACAGGAUCUACGGGCGAGGAUCUUUUUAUCACUCAAGAACUUGAUGAAGAAAAGUUGAAACUAGAUCUGGAAGAAUUAAAAAAAUCAGAAAUUGAAAGCUUAGCCGUAGUUCUGGCACAUAGUUACACGUUUGCUGAACAUGAAAUAAGAGUAGGAGAAUUGGCAAAACUUGCUGGUUUUCAGCAAGUCUCGCUUUCUCACGAAGUUAUGCCUAUGGCGAGAAUAGUUCCUCGAGGAUUCACUGCUUGUGCUGAUGCAUAUUUAACACCGCAUAUUAAACAAUAUUUGCAGAUUUAACGGAUCUCGAGCUAUUCUUUCUGGCCCUGCAGGUGGAGUAGUUGGUUACGCAAUGACUACUUAUGGAAAAGAGACCAAUUUACCAGUGAUUGGGUUCGAUAUGGGUGGCACUUCGACUGAUGUCAGUCGUUAUGGUGGCAAUUAUGAGCACGUAUAUGAGAGUACAACCGCUGGUGUCACGAUUCAAGCUGCACAGUUGGACGUGAACACAGUUGCGGCAGGAGGUGGAUCGAUGCUUUUCUUCAGGUCAGGUCUCUUCGAAGUUGGACCUGAGAGCGCUGGAGCUCAUCCCGGUCCGGCAUGUUACAAGAAAAAAGGUCCUCUGGCUGUCACUGAUGCGAAUUUAGCUUUGGGAAGACUUUUGCCGGAAUAUUUCCCGAAGAUAUUUGGUCCGAAUGAGAACGAACCGCUGGACAAAUCUCGAACGAUGGAGGCUUUUCAAACACUUACAAAUCAAAUAAACGAAUUUCUAGUGACAGAGGGACAUAAAACAAAAAUGACCAUCGAAGAAGUGGCGAUGGGAUUCAUCAGAGUGGCUAAUGAAACCAUGUGUCGCCCAAUACGAGCUUUAACACAGGCAAAAGGUCAUGAUACAUCCCGCCACGUUUUGGCGUGCUUCGGAGGUGCUGGAGGACAACACGCGUGUGCCAUUGCACGUUCUCUAGGAAUGGGAAUUGUCUUUGUUCACAAAUAUGCCGGAAUUUUGUCAGCUUAUGGAAUGGCCCUAGCAGAUGUCGUAGAAGAAGCUCAAGAACCUAGUAUGGAAGUUUAUGAAAAAGAAUCGUUUACACGUUUAGAUGAACGUUUAGAUGUCUUAGAAAAGAAAGUUCGAGAAAAGUUAACUGCUCAAGGAUUUCCUGACUCUCAUAUAGAAGUAGAAUCUUUCUUACAUUUACGCUAUCAAGGAACAGAUUGUGCUUUAAUGUGUACUGCUAGUGAAAAUACUCAAAACAAAGGCAUGAAGCAUGGAGAUUUUCUUACUACAUUCCUGGAAAGACUACUAUGGUAUAUUUUGAAAAUGGUUAUCAAGAGAGCAAAAUGUACCAAUUACAUUCUUUGUCACCUGGCCACGUGAUUCAGGGACCAGCCAUUAUAAUGGACAGCCUGAGUACACUUUUAAUCGAACCUGAUUGCACCGCAUUGAUUACGUCUCGCGGUGAUGUGAAGAUAACGAUUGGUCAAGGCCUACGGUCCAAGGUUACGCCCGACUUGGAUACUAUUCAAUUGAGUAUCUUCUCCCAUCGUUUUAUGAGCAUCGCCGAACAAAUGGGCAGGAUUCUUCAGCGAACUUCUAUCUCGACAAAUAUCAAGGAACGUCUAGAUUUUUCCUGCGCUGUUUUUGGUCCCGAUGGUGGCUUGGUUUCUAAUGCUCCGCAUAUACCUGUGCACCUAGGUGCUAUGCAAGAGACUGUUCAGUAUCAGAUGAAAGUUUUCAAAGGUGAAUUUUCGGUAGGAGAUGUGAUUCUUGCGAAUCAUCCCUCUGCUGGAGGAUCGCAUCUUCCGGAUCUUACUGUCAUAACACCAAAAAUUAUAAUGAUGAUGAUUUUAUUUAUUUGGAAUAUAUCUUUUGAACUGAUACUUUUGAACAGAGAUGUGGAGAAACCAGUGUUCUUUGUAGCAAGCAGAGGACACCAUGCUGAUAUAGGAGGUAUUACACCUGGCUCCAUGCCACCGCAUUCAACUUCUUUGCUUCAGGAGGGAGCGGCUUUUAAGAGCUUCCUACUUGUACAUAAAGGUGUGUUUAAGGAAAAAGAGUUGACAGAAGCGUUAAUGGCACCUAGAAAAAUUCCAGGAAGUUCCGGAACGAGAAAUCUGUCUGACAAUAUCAGUGACCUUAAGGCGCAGAUUGCAGCUAAUCAAAAAGGAUCGCUAUUGGUCAAUGAAUUGAUCGAUAUAUAUGGUCUUGAUGUGGUACAAGCUUACAUGGGCCAUAUUCAACACAAUGCUGAAGUUGCAGUAAGGGAUAUGUUAAAAUCUGUUGGUAAACGGCUUUUUGAACAAACUGGGAACACUGUAGCAACCGCAAUAGAUUAUUUGGAUGAUGGAAGUCCUAUUCAGUUUCUCCUGAACAUUGAUAUAAACAAGGGUGAAGCAGUUUGCGAUUUUACUGGUACAGGUUAUGAAGUGUGGGGCAACUGUAAUGCGCCUAGAGCUAUUACUCUUUCUGCAUUAAUUUAUUGUUUAAGAUGCAUAGUGGGUAGAGACGUUCCUUUGAACCAGGGUUGUUUGACACCCGUAAAAGUAUUUAUUCCAAAAGGAUGUCUUUUAGAUCCUUCAGAAGAAGCUGCAGUAGUUGGUGGCAAUGUGCUUACGUCUCAACGAGUGGUUGAUGUAAUUCUACAAGCUUUUGGAGCUUGUGCAGCGUCACAGGGUUGCAUGAACAAUGUAACACUUGGUACUGAAGAGUGGGGUUAUUAUGAGACAGUCGCUGGAGGGAGCGGAGCAGGUCCAACAUGGGAUGGUAGAGGAGGAAUUCAUACUCAUAUGACAAAUACAAGAAUCACCGAUCCGGAGAUAUUAGAACUUCGUUAUCCUGUUAUUCUUAACAAGUUUUCUCUUCGACCUGCCAGUGGAGGAUCUGGUGCUCAUUCUGGUGGCGAUGGAGUUAUUCGAAAAAUGACAUUUAGAGCGCCGAUGACGCUAUCUGUAUUGACGGAAAGAAGAGUACAUAAUCCACCAGGAUUGGCAGGAGGGCAAUCAGGUCAUAAAGGAAAAAAUACAUUAGAAAGAGCUGAUGGUCGAAAAAUUAAUUUAGGUCCUAAAACCGCGGUGUCAGUGUACCCAGGGGAUGCAUUUAUUCUGGAAACUCCUGGAGGUGGUGGCUAUGGUGUUCCCGGUGAAAAGGUAUCAUCAGUUCAGAAAAAAUCUCAAGAAUUCGUGGAACGCGGCAGCGUGUUUGAAUACAGAAAAGCACAAGAAUCCGUGUAAUAUAUACUCGUAAUUGCACAUAUGCAGUAACAACAAUUUAAUAAUCGUAGAAUAAGCGCACAAUAUCCACUGUAAUUAUAUCAAUGAAAAACAAUAAAUACAAAGUGAACAAAUAUUCGACAUUGAUUUAAUCGUUGAUGUUCGUCGAUGUUCGAUUGCAACCAAUAUAAUAACGAUAGAACCGACAGUAAGAGGGUAAUUUAAACGUUCAAUUUAUCGUUAAAUGAUUUAUUCAGAAGUUUCUUAAUAAAUCGAAGCGAGAACCGAAUCAAAUUUACUGGAGUUAGCAUCGAUUUGCCUGCACAGUUCAUUCGGAAACGGCAUACAAGGCUACUAUUCCAUUUCCGGUUGCAGUAAUUGCUGACCGAAAUAUCGCGGCCUCUACACAGUUACACAAGUCGAAACUUCCGAUUGCACUUCCAUUUGCACAGAAUGUUUCUUAGAGGCGUAUGCAAUUUUCAACCAAUAUUUAUGUAUUUCCAACUAAAUUCCAUUUUCACGUAAGAAAUAGAGAGAAAAUACUAUUGCGAGCAAAUAGAAAAUCGUCCGAUCCUCUUCUCGAAACUAUGAAUAGAACUCUUAUUGAUGUUCACCGUAUACUAGUGUGUUGGAAAAAGAAAGUCGAGAACUCUUAUUUCGUAGACUUCUGCUAGCUAAAAAGCUUCUUUGUGCACUCUCCUUUUC